ACCUUUCCCCCCAUCUCCUGACAUGAGUCAGCCUUACUCCAACAUACUUAAGAGGCGGAAGCUGCAACGUUGGAUUUUACGCCGGCUGGCUUGAAGGUUAAAUAUAGUGCAGAGCAGUGAGGGCGGCUGAGCUGGAGCUCCCCAGGUCAUACAAAUCCAGGAACAAUGGCAAGUGGUAAACAUGAUGAGCAGGCCCAUCCUAACAAGGGAUAUGAUCGCCCUAGCAAUGGAUAUAAUCGUGUACAGGAAGAAGAAAGAGAUCAUAUAAAUGUAGAAAUGCUGAAUAUAGAUGAGCAAGAUCCACAAUGCGCGUCUCCCAGUGGAAAUGCAGGAGGACAAGAGGAAGAACCAGAACAGGCAUGUUCGUCAGCUUGCUCUAAAUACAGAAAUGCAAUAAUAGUCACUUCUUACAUCAUCCUUGGGACCAUCAUUGUUAUCCUUGCGAUCAUCAUUGUUAUCCUUGCUACCCGUCUCGCGUCAAGCACCAUGGAAAAUCAGAAGAUCCAGGCAGUCCAAACCGGUCAUGUCGGAGUAUAUAUAUGUCCAUAUGACUGGAUUGGAUAUCAAGGACACUGCUACAAAUUGAUAAAAGAGGAUAAAACCUGGUUGGAGAGCCAGAACUCCUGUAUUUUGCAUAAUGCUUCUCUGGCCAAAAUAACAGAGGAGAAAAUGGUUAUUAUGAAGAUGUUGACAAGAGACCAUGUCUUUUGGAUCGGCCUCAGGAGAGACACAGGUCAGACCUGGAAGUGGCCAGAUGGAGAAAAUGCAACGAUGAAAAUCAUGGGGAAUGGAGGAGAUUGUGCUCUUUUGGAUAAGGAUGUCGCCGCCAUGUCAAUGAGAUGCAGCAGUAAGCACUACUACCUGUGCCAAAAAAACCAUUACUCCUAAGAGACCCUGAAAGAGAACUGGAAGUAUAGCUAGUUCUUGACUUACGACAGCUCAUUUAGUGACUAUUCAAAGUUACAACCACACUGAAGAAAGUGACUUACCAUUUUUCAGACUUACAAUUAUCACAAGAUUAAAAUUCAGAUGCUGGGCAAGAUCCUGUGAUCACCUUCUGUGGCCUUCUGACAGAAGCCACAGAUGCACAUCAACUGUGUUGCUGACUUAACAACUGCAGUGAUUCCCUUAACAAGUGUGGCAAGAAAGUUCGUAAAAUGGGACCAAACUCACUUAACAAUUGACUCGCUUGGCUGCAGAAAUGUUGGACUCAAUUGUAGUUGUCAGUUGAUUGCCUCAGAGUUUUCUUUUGUUGUGGGGUGUUACUUGGAAUCCUGACACCUGUACUAUCUAAGGGACUGCCGCUGUGUGGAUUGGCCAAAGGCAAUCCAAACAGGCCACACCUCUUAGAGGAGGGUGUGGCCAGCGUCGCGACGAGAUGGUCGCAAACUCCAGGAGCUCCGAGUGGAGCGCCAAAAUCCUCAUCGAUAUGGGGGUCCAUAAUGGACCAUACCUGUCCUGAAGGGACAGCGAAGAAAGAAGGAACCGCCGGAGCGAACAGGGAAGUUGCAAAUUCCCUGCAGCACCGGCCUUUAGCCUUCGACCCAGUGAUGAGGACCGCAGCCAUUUCAAGCUGCAGAAGUAGGGAUGGCCACAUAAGAUUGUGCUGGAGAGUUGACGCAGUGAAUUAUACAAGAUAUUGAAGCCGGGUGAGUGAACACCAACUCACGAUGAGGCACCUUAAAAUCGAUAUCUGCAACAAAUUUUAAAAAAACCUUGGAAUAGCGGCUAAAUUGACAAGGAUUGUUAUUAUAAUAGAAUAAAAGAAACAGAAGCAACACCCGAAGAGCUGACAAGAAUUUGACAUUUGAAAUUGAAGUCCAGAUCCCUCAAACAAAAAGGGAAAAAUAGAAUCUUUAAUUAAAGCUGGAAUUUGGACAAUUUGGAAGUUUUUAAUAACUGAUUAAAGAUCAUUAAAAAGGGAAAAAAGGAAAAAAAACCCAAGGACUUUGAAGGAAUAUCGACUUUGAAGGAAUUCGACUUUGAAGGAAUAUCUCUGACUUCCCUUUUCCUUUAUGGUUUGGAAUUAAGUAAACUUUGAAAUUAAAACUGUGGAUUUUAAAUGGGACUAGUUGGACUAAUCAGGAAAAAGUAAAAAUUUGUAACAAAACAAGGCGUGGUUUUUAACUAAAGGAAACAAAAUGGACACUUUGUUAAUUGUGGAUUGGAUUUGUGGACUGCAAAGUGACACCUAAAAGCGGAAGAGGAAAUUACAAGCACUUUGGUCAUUGUUGAAAACCUUCUAUGGUUGUGAUAAGACCGGUGAGAAUUUUAAGGGAGGUCUCUAUCAACAAGCAGUUUACAAGAACAAGAGGUACAGCUUCAAAGAACAACGAAGAGAACAAUUGAAAAAAAAAGAAAUACACAAAUGGUUUUUCAAGCAAGAAAUAUAAGAAAUAAUUGGAAAAUAAGUUUUAGAAAAAGCAAGAGCAGUUUUUAGAAUUGACAGUGAAUAAAGAAUUUAUGAGGUUAAAAAAUAAAUCUUAAAGGAUUAUUUAGUGGUAAUAGAGAGAAAUAAAGAAGGGGGGAAGAGGGAAAAAGGAGAAUAAAUAGAAAAAUAGGAUAAACUAAGAAAGCAUGGAAUUUUAAGGGAAAAUAAAAAUGGAAUUGAAAUAGAUUAAGAUUAAAACUUCUAAGAGAUGAGAACAUAUAAGUAUAAGCAUGAAAUUUUUUGAAAUAAGAGAAAUGUUUGUUCCUUUUCAUGUAUUGUUUUUUUUUGAAAUUAAGAAUAAUAACUUUAAAAUUUUCAGUGAUGAAGAAACAAUUGAAAAUGAUGUGAUGGAGAUGGGCAGAAUUGUUAGAAACUUAAGAUACAUUGAUUAUAAAGCAAGGAACUUUAAAGAAAGUAAAAAGGGAAUCAAUAUAGAUUAAGACUGAAAUAUCAAAGAGAUGAGAGUUAAUGUUUAAGAGAUCUUUUGAAACAAUGAAUGUUAGCCUGUAUCAUCUUUUCUUUUUUGUUGUUUUUCUUUUUCUUUUUCUAUGAUUAAGAAUAAUGAUUUUAAAAAUGUCUAUUAAAAUGUAACGAGACUAUGGAUGUUGAUGCUAUAAAGAUUGAAAAGAAAGAAAUUAGUAAAUGGGAAUAUAGAGUUCUAAUACAGAUGGAAGAGACAAGAAAGGGGGUUAAAAAGUGGGGGGGAUAGACUUGAUUAAAGAGUUAAAUUCAGGACAGUGGGUUAGACUAGAAUUUCAUUGUUAUAUUAGAGA